AUGACCACCACUCAUACAGUAAGAGUUUCACCUCAAUCAAAGAUGAUCGUCUUGAAGAAGAAGGCUCCAAAGAGUCCUACAUUAGGUGUUCCUUCAUCGACUCGUAAACAAAGAAAUCAAAUCAACUCACGAAAGGAGAGGAAAAAACAAAACAAAACAACGAUCAAGGAUAAUGAAUUCAAAUCAACUAAGCCUUCAAAACAAGAACCUUCUCUAUCAAGGAAUGAUUCAUUUGAUAAUGAAAGGCUUCCUCCUUCAACAUCAACCAUAAAGAAAGGAGAAGGGUUUCAGUGGGAAUCGACUCAAUAUACUGUAUCAUCUACAACUAUUCAAAAGCCUUCUUUGCCUUCAAGAACUUUGAAGAGUCUGAAUUUUAAAUCAUCAAAUGAUAAUAUUUCAGAGGAUGACGAGGAACUGAAAGAAUAUUACAAAUUACUCAAUGAAAAGUGGUAA